AUGCCGCCGUCGGGGAUCACCUCGUUGAAGCUCCGGUGCCCCGUGUCCGAGACGCGCCGCUGCCUGUCCGCCGCCGCGGCAGCCGGCCUGUGCCUGGGCGCCCGCGCCAGCUGCCCACCACGCAGGAAGGUCGCCCCGCUGGUCGGCCGCGAGCGGGUCGAAGCCGCGCGCGCUGCCUCGCACCUGCUCCGGCCGCGGAGCAGCGCGCACGAGAGGCGUCGCAACUUUGUCGGCGUCACUGCCGAGGGGCCCGCUGAGCUUGCCACGCUCGGCGCGGCCGCCCCUGUCGGUCGAGCCCGCGACCCCGGCAGCGCCUGCAGCCCGAGGGUGGCGCCCGCCCCCAGCAGCACACCCAGCCCUGCAGUCGCCGGCAGGCUGCUGGCCCGCACGGCGGCGCGGGCGGGCAACGCGGGCGCUCUGGGCCGCAGAGAUCCAGCUGCCCGCGCAGCACUGGGCAAGGCGCCGAUGGCGAACAGGUUGGUCAACCUGGCUACCGCGGCCAGGCCCAUGUCCAGGCUUAUGCCCCUGGCCUGCCGCUCGAAGGCGCAUGCCAAGGGGCGGGCGCUGGUGGUCCACAGCGAGGCGGCGGGCGCUAUCAUCUUCAAGCCGCACCCACGGCUAGCUGAGCGCGUCACCUUCAACAGACGAGCCCGCCUGCACUGGGGCUACCAGGUGGCAGACCAGUCGAGAACUAUCACGAUGCGUGACAUAUGCAGGCUGCUUGCCGAGCGUGCCUACCUCACCGCGGAGCGCUGGUUCGAUGUCGUACUCUUCUGGGACGGCGCCCCACUGCAUCCAGACGCCCUCGCGUGCGCGGCCCCUGCACCUCACAGGCCAGGAAAAAACGACCGGACAUACUGCCUGUGCGCCCACAUCCACUCGUGCGCCCGCAAUCAGGACUUCGUCGACGGCGUCACCGAUCUGGACUACCACUACCACCUCCUCAUCACCACUGUCCAGGGGGCGGGGGCGGAGCCGUAUCCUUUCCACCAGUGGCCCACCGAGCAGGCACGGUUCCGUGCCCGCCGCGACCCAGAGCCUGCCGCUUUCGGAUCCAGGCGCCCUCGCCGCCGCGACCACAGCUCUGGCCCACAGCCGCCACCAGGCAUCGGUUCCUGGCGCCCGCAGGGGCGGCCGCAGGCGGAUCAGCCAUGUUCGCGAAACCUCUCGCGCGACACCAAGGAGCACCGUGCCGAGCAGCGCCGCCAGGGCGCCGCCCGCCGCGAGGAGUUACAGCGCGGCUCCAAGCGCUCAGGCAUUGACGGCAACCCUGGCCCCGCUGUGAGCGCCGCCACCCGGGCGGAGGGUCCGGGGGACAUGAGGCCAGCCAGCGACAGCGGUGCCCCCGCCGCCCCAAGCGCCCCGGCAACCGACCACGGAGGCCCAGUGGCCCAGAGCGGCCGCCAGCGCCGGUCGCCGUCACCAGCGGCCAUGCCGCCGCCCAGGCGCAACGCCAGCCCGCACCGCCGUGCCGCGGGCGCGGCCCCUAACUUCGGCGGCGACGAGACCGCGGCCGCAACCGACCAUGCCGCACCAGAGCCCUUCGAUCUGCCCAGUGGCGAGGCGUCAGGUGGAGGUGGCACUGGCGGCGCUCGGACGCGCGCCAUGAGCCCCCAGGCGGGGCGGGGCCGCUCGUGGGCGCUCCGACCCCGCCGCGUGCACAGCGUGCUCCGGCUGGAGGUGGCGCAGCAUCUGGUGCGGCUUGCACUGCGGCGUUCGUGGUGGGACGCAUUCAAGGGCAUGCAGCGCAAGGACUCGCUGCUGGCCGCGUCCGCGCGGGUCAGCUUCGUCCCGCAGGCCCUGGCACUGCUUCACGAUCUAAUCAAGAACGAUCUUGGGAGCCAUGCGAUCGCUGUUCUCACGGGUGCUGUUUGGAGCACUGCCAAGUAUGACAAGAUCCUCAACGGGUCGAGUUCCUGCCCCUCCCCCUCCCGGGCCCGCCCUCUCCGACGCCGCGGGGCCCCCACAAAGAGCCCGCCGCGUCGGGCCUUCCCCGCCGACUCGAUCAGCUUGCCGAACGUCCUGCGGUUCGGCUCCACGGUCUCGCUCGCCAUGCUCGCCCACACGGUCCCUGCGCCGGCCGUGUCCCCGGCGUUAGCGUGGGCCUUCAGCAGGGUGUUCCACGAGAGGCGCGGCGCCCUGCGGUCGGGCAGCCUGUCCCUGAGCGCGGCGAAGACGCGGCGCGCCUCGGCCAC